AUGUUAAAUAAAAAACCAUUACUAUUUUCAUUUGAAAAUUCAAAUCGUAAUAAUACAUGUAUAAUGAGAAUUGGUACAGGUUUACAUUGUCAUCAAGAUGGUCAUCCUCAAUGUCAACGUUUAAUACUUUGUGUACAAAUUAUUGAACGAAAUGGAACAUAUUUUGUUGUAUUUAUGGAUUCAAAUCUAAUGCCACCUUUAUUUCGUAUUUCAAAUCGAUCACAUGUACCAAUUCAAUUCUAUCAAACAGAAAUUCGAGAAGAAUUACCUUAUACUUAG